ACUGUAUUUGAGAAUAGAAUUGGUAUGGUACAGACCUUUGACAGUCACCAGCAGGUGAAAUAUUAGAAAUGCAUAUUGAUUGGUAAAUUUUCAGGCAGAAAGUUGCAUUUUACUCUGUCUAUAAUAGUCUUAAAUAAUCUUUCGCUGUGGAUAAACAAUUUGGGUGAAGAACAAUGAUGCGAGUUUCUAAGAUUUUGAUGUUUUUUGUUGUCACUGUUUGUGUAUCGGGGGAAAGUCCUCGUGUGGAAGUGACAGAGGGAAUUCUUGUGGGAAAGACAGUGCAGUUCACUGAGAACCAGUACAUCAAUCUAACCAAAGAUGUCGACAUGUUUCUUGGCGUUCCCUUCGCUAGUCCUCCAACGCGGUUCGCCCGAGCUGACCCGAUGACACGAUGGGAAGGAGAACGGAAUGCCACUGAGUUUACACCUGCAUGCCAACAAGUACCUCAGCCUUUAUUCUAUCCCGUCAUGUCAGAAGAUUGCCUCUAUCUAAAUGUUUACACACCAAGUCCAAAGCCAUCAACAGGGAUACCUGUCAUGGUAUGGAUUCAUGGAGGUGCUUUUUCAACGGGGACCUCAAUGACAUAUGAUUACUACGGACCUCCAUUAGUAGCUGUUGGCGACGUCAUAAUAGUAACCUUCAACUACCGCUUAGCGAUCUUUGCACAGUUGUCAACAGAGGAUGAAGAAGCACCUGGAAAUGUUGGAAUGUUGGACCAAGUAGCCGCACUAGAAUGGGUUUACAACAACAUAGAACCUUUUGGAGGUGACAAAGAACAGAUAACCAUAUUUGGCGAAAGUGCAGGAUCUGCGAGCGUCAGUUUUCACCUGCUCUCCAAACUGAGUAAAAAGUUUUUCAAGCAAGCUGUGCUUCAGAGUGGAACUGCAUUUAGUUCAUGGGCCUUCAAGCACGAUCCAGUCGCUGAGCUUGAGAAAGCACAGGAACUUGGACGAGAGAUGGGUUGUGUAGAUGUGACAUCUACCUCAGCUUUGGUCACUUGCCUCCGGGAUGUAGAAGACCCCUUAGCUCUGAGCACAGCAGCCGACAAGGUAUACGGCAAUCAGUAUCCAGUGACCCUGGAUGGUACUUUUUUGGAAGACACUCCAGCCAAUCUGUAUAAAAAGAACGACUUUGCCAACGUUCCACUCCUGAUAGGUUUUAACCGGGAUGAGGGUACGAUAGGCCCGUACUUUUAUUUUCCAUCUUAUGUCGGAAGUCCGACGCCACCUCCUAUGGAUCGCAACCUGUUCGAGAUCUUUGUGAAGGGUCUUCUGGUAAAUUAUGGUACAGACGACGAGAUCGUGCACGAUGCCGUGUUCCAGGAAUACAUUGACUGGGCAAUGGCUGAUAAUCCGGAAAGUGAUUACUUUCAGUCGUUUGUGAAUUACGGAACCGAUUCAGACUACGCCUGUCCGUCAGAUAUCGUGAUGCGGAAACACGCAGAGGCCGGUGGAACAGUCUACAAAUAUUUCAUGACCCAUGCGCCAUCUAAGAGUUACUUCAUGGUCGCAGGUGAGAUCCCAAACACUCCUUGGUUGGGAGCAGGUCAUGGUGAAGACCUCACAUUCGUGUGGGGUGUGCCCUUCAUCGAUGAGCUUUACCAUAUCCAUGGGCACAAUUUGACAGAUGAAGAGAACGCCCUCUCCGUCAAGUUCAUGCAAUUUUGGACAAACUUUGCAAAAUCAGGUGAUCCCGGCAAGUCCAUCCCCGGUGCAGAGCCCGGAGAAGGAGAUGAAUUUUGGCCUUUAUACACGAUUCCUGAAUUAAGACACAAAGUACUCUCACCGAGCUUUGGUGAGGAUAGAGCUUUAAAGGCUCGCGAGUGUCGUUUCUGGGCGAACUACGUUCCGACCCUUCAAUCCUUUGCAAACAAAAUUGACGAGGAUCAGAAGGAAUGGCGAGAGAGCUAUGAUGACUGGAAGAGUGAAAUGACCGACUGGGAGCAGGCGUUCGAAAAAUACAAAGAACAGCCAACAUGCAAAUAUCAGACGGUAAUCACUACACCGUGGACAUAUUUCGUUCUAAAGAAGAUGGAGUUGUUUUGUAUCUUGGUGCUUUUCGUUUCCUCUAUUCUUGUCGUGUCUGGACAAAACCCUCGCGUGACUGUCACUGAAGGCGAGCUUGUAGGAAAGACCGUCGAGUUUAGUGAGGAUCGGUUCAUCAACGUGACUAAAAAUGUAGACAUAUACUUGGGUGUUCCUUAUGCAAGUCCGCCAACUCGGUUUGCAGCCCCGGAGCCCAUGACGCCAUGGGAGGGCGAUAGAAAUGCUACACAAUUUGCCCCUGCGUGUCAACAGGCACCGUCUUUCCUAUACCCCAACUUGUCAGAAGAUUGUCUUUUCCUGAACGUUUACGCACCAAGCCCAAAGGGAUCUGGAAUUCCUGUGAUGGUGUGGAUACACGGAGGAGGGUUCUCUACUGGUACGGCAAUGGCAUACGAUUAUUACGGAUUACCUUUAGUUGCUGUUGGCGAUGUCAUUGUUGUAACUAUCAACUACCGUCUCGCGAUUUUCGCUCAGUUUUCAACCGAGGACGAAAACUCACCGGGGAAUUAUGGAAUGCUGGAUCAAGUGGCUGCUCUGAAAUGGGUUUAUGACAACAUAGAAGCAUUCGGCGGUGACAAGAAUAAGGUGACCAUAUUUGGAGAAAGUGCUGGAUCAGGAAGUGUUAGUUUUCACAUUAUCUCCAAGCUUAGCAGACAAUAUUUCAAUCAGGCAAUAUAUCAGAGUGGAACUGUGUUUAGUCCAUGGGCCUUUAAGCACGAUCCAGUCGCUGAGCUUGAGAAAGCACAACAACUUGGAAGAGAGAUGGGUUGUGACGAUGUCAUCUCUAAUUCUGCUUUGGUUUCCUGCCUCCGGGAUGCAGAUGCCCUGCAACUAAGUGUGGCAGCUGACGAGAUUUAUCAGUUACAAUAUCCAGUAACCUUGGACGGUUCAUUCUUAGAUGACACCCCCACCAACCUCUAUGAGAUGGGAGAUUUUGCAAACGUACCAAUCAUGGUUGGCUUCAACAAGGACGAAGGCACACUGAACCCAUUCUUUUUCCUUCCAGACUACGUUGGGAGCCCGACUCCACCACCAAUAAAUCGCACUUACUUUGAAGGAGUGAUUAAGGCCAUUUUGAGUAAUUAUGGCAGGGAUGAGGAGAUCGUAUACGAUUCUGUGCUCCAGGAAUACAUCGACUGGACUAAUGCUGAUGAUCCAGAAGCCGAUUAUUUUGAAUCGUGGGUGAAUUUUGGGACUGAUUCUGACUUUGGCUGCCCAUCGGAUUUCGUCGUCAGGAAACAUGCUGAAGCUGGUGGUACAGUCUACAAGUAUUACAUGACACAUGCACCGUCUAAGAGUCUCUUUUUGUACGGAGAUAUUCUACCGAAUACUCCGUGGUUAGGAGCUGGUCAUGGAGAAGAUCUAACGUUCGUUUGGGGUCUCCCUUUUAUUGAUGAGCUUUACUAUAUUCAUGGGCAAAACUUGACAGAUGAGGAAAACGCACUGUCCGUGAAAUUCAUGCAGUUCUGGACAAACUUUGCCAAGUCUGGAGAUCCCAGCAAAUCAAGUGUCGAUGGAGAAGCAGGUGUAGGAGUCGAUUCAUGGCCCUUGUACACGAUCCCCGAGCUCAAACACAAGGAACUAUCCCUAGAACUGGGUGAGGGCAGAGCUGUGUUGGCGAGACAGUGCCAUUUCUGGAACGAAUACUUACCCGAUCUGGAGGCAUUUGCAAACACGAUUGACGAAGAUCAGAAAGAAUGGCGAGAGGGCUAUGAUGACUGGAAAGAUGAAAUGGCAGUGUGGGAACAGUACUUUGAAGAAUACAAACAGCUACCCACAUGCAAUUAGAUUGAACAUCGGUAGGAAGCAUAGUGUAAUGUCUACCCUUUAUCCUACGGCUUAAAAAACAAACAAACUUCCCCUGUAUCAGUUCAUCAUAUUUCAUCCUACAUAUGAAGAGUUUAGUUACAAAAGGGGUUAGGUCCACUUUUGACCAUUUCGAGAAAAACCAUGUUUUUUAUUCUCACUUAUUGAAAUAUUCUUAUGAGAAACUAAAUUGUCAUGAUGUACUACCCUAUCAUGUGAACAUAAAAUUGGGUAUAGAAGAAAUCUACCUGUCUUCAAUUUUUUUCUACACAUUUUUGAAAAAAAUAUCAUUGUGGACCUAACCCCUUUUGCAAGCAAACUGAAAUUAAUCUCUUUUGAUUAAAAUAGUGAUUUUUCUUUGCCAAUUUCAUUCACGUUUUCAUUUGAAUUUCAAAUUUUCUUUGGUAUCGUCAGAGUGAAUAAGAAUUUAAAGGUUUAGAGACAGAAAACAAUAAAAUUUAUGAAAAAUGGACCUAAUCCCUUUUGACAAAUGAGUUCUUUAGAAGAGUUUAGUUGCAAAAGGGGUUAGGUCCACUCCAAGAAAAUCAUUUUUUUAAUUCUCCCAUAUUGCAAUAUUCUUAUGCGAAACUGAAUUUUCAUAAUACCCUACCAUGAGAACAUAAAAUUGGGUAAAAAAGAAAUCUACCUGUCUUCAUAUUAUUUAAGAUAUUCUUUUCCAAAAAAAAUUGUGUGGACCUAACCCCUUUUGCAACUAAACUGAAAUGGACCUAGCCCCUUUUGAAAAAAAAAAGUGAUUUUUAUUUGUCAUUUUAGUUCACUUUUUAAUAGGAAUUUCAACUUUUCUUUGGUAUCAUCUUAUAGAGCUACUAAAAAUCUAUACAUUGAGACAUAAAAGUCAAAUUUGAUGAAAAAUGGACCUAACCCCUUUUGCAAGUGAGCUCUUCAUAUGCACUUGUUAGGAACUUAGUCCUGUUUAAAGUUAAUAGCAUAGCGGAAAUAUGGUAAGGAGUGGACUCUGAAUGAAUAAAUUAUUAUGAAAAUUGCUGGAGAUUAGGUGACAGCGAUCAAGAUUCUAGAUGGAAGUUGAUCAGAACUAAGGAUUACAGCUGCAUUUUGGAAAAAACAACUUACUAAAAACACCCGCAAAACGAUUAGAGUUGGUGUCAAAAUAAUGAUAACUAUUAUGGCUAAAAUAAAUCGGGGAUAUUCCCGACAUCAAAAA